CCGCGCUCGUGAGAGCGCUCGUGCACCAGCCUCGCACUACACAAUAGGUCCUCGUGCCCUGCUCGUUUCUGCUCGGUCCGCAAUCUCGCGCUUCAGGAGCAAGACAUGCGAUAACACAACUGCGCGAAAAUAAAUAAAUAAAUAAAAAAGACAAGAAAUUCCAACAUAGGAGGAUGCACGCUCGUGCAUGACAUGUCGUGCACGGAGCUCGCGCUGGUGAAGGAGCAUCUCUGUGAGAACACAUGAACGGAAAACGAUGUCGGAGCAGGCUUAUGGCUUGACUUUAUCCGCUGCGCCUCCACUGCGCAGAGGAAGCACUCCGCUACCGCUCAAGCACCUGCUAAGACGAGAAGAAGCCGUCUCUGAGGAUUACGACUGGGCGCCGGGUCUCGACGAGCCUUCUGCUCUGGCCCUCAGCCCCGGUGACGCUCAAGAUGCGCCGCUUCUUCUUAAGGCUCCGGAGCAGAAGUACCGCGGGCCACUGCGGAUUGUCCUGUUAGGGCAGAACGGAGUGGGCAAGUCGUCUCUGGCGCUCUCUCUCGCUGGUCUGUCUGACAGAUCGCUUUCAAUAGACUCUGAAACACAAGCAAGCGAUGAAGGAUAUCUGCGAAGGGUGACGGUGGAUGAUGAGGACAGCUCAAUCCUGGUGUAUGACAACUGGAAGCAGGAGCUCUCCAUGCUACAGUGUGAGGUGUGCAUACUGGUGUUCUCAUUGACGGACCGACGCAGUUUCCACCGUGCAUCUCAGCUGCGCUUGUUGCUGAGGGAGAGCCAACCCAACACUCCCAUCAUCCUCGUGGGCAACAAGAGUGACCUGGUGCGCUCGCGCGAGAUCAGCACAGAGGAAGCUCACUCCAACGCUAUGAUGUUCGACUGUGUCUACCUGGAGCUGUCAGUCUCGCUGGAUCACGGCACUAACGAGCUCCUGGAGACGGCUGUAAGGGCCGCUCGGGGUCACAGCUUGGGGUCUGGCUGGACCGAGGGAUCACCUGGAGGGGGCCGUCGGGAAAGCCUCACCAGCAGGGCCAGGCGCUUCCUGUCAGGCCUCGUGCCGCGCUCACACCAUGGCCGUGAGCGAAUCCGUGAGCAAGAGCGACACAGAGGCUGCCGGAUGCUGCGGCAGAAAUCCCGCUCCUGUCACGACCUCAGUGCCCUGAUGUAGAAGGGAAAGAUUAGUAACUCAAGCGAGACAUCAGUUUUGUCAGGUUAAAUCCAGGAAAAGCUGUAAUAAUGUUUGUUUUGGGUUCAUGCAUGGGGCAGUCUGGGAAAACCCUUUGGCAGUCGCUGUGGCUGAAUUCCGAGAAACCAAAAGAAGCUUUGCCUUACCUGCUGUCAUCGCCGGAAGAGAAAAGAGCGCUUAUAUACUCAGUGGAAUUACAACGAAAGCUUUAAAUGUGAUUCUCUUUUCUCUUCCUUUUCUAAUUUCACCUUUCCGUCCUCGCUUGAGACCCAUGUAAAUAAAACGAUUCAGGAUAUUUCACCAUGUUGAGGGUUUUCCCAUGCUGCCACAUGACAGGCAUCGGAGUUAAAUAGGCGAGGAUUACUGAGAACAUUAUUAUUGGUUUUGUUUCAUAAAUAAAUAUGAAGAUGAAGAAGGGAAGAAAAAAAUACUUAUCAUGCACUUACACAAGCAGAUGUAGUGUAGCUCUUUGAGAAGCUUUAUGCUGAAAUUAAGCUCAAAGUGUAGGACAGUAUUAUAAUUAGUGCAUGGACGUGUAGAUGUUCAUAUAGUAGUUUAUCCCCCAAUAUAAAGAGAGACUCAAUAUCAGUCUUAAAAUUAUGAUUUUUUUUUUUCUGCCCUUAAGAAUGUUGGGCAUUAUAAAUAAACACGCCACAAUCUUUUUUCAAUUAUAUUUAACUUUAAAAAAAAAAAAAAGAAAAGUAAAAUUGUG